AAAGUGCAAAACACAAUAAACGAAGAAAACAUUCUACCAAGAUCUCAAAGCUUCUCUCUUUUUCUCCCAUGGCGUCCAGCCACCAUUCUUCUCUGCUCUUCAUCUUUCUCACCACUCUCUUCACAGCCAUCAUUGCAGCCUCUCCCUCACCACCAUCACCCCCACAACCCCCACAACCCCCAUCGCCAUCACCAUCAUCAUCACCACCGCCACCGCCGCCAUCAUCACCACCGCCACCUCCGCCGCCAUCAUCAUCGCAACCUCCAUCUCCGCCAUCCCCAACCUCCACACCCCAACAACUCAACAACAUAAUCGACGCUCUAAUCGGAGCCGGCGACUUCGGGAACUGGGUCAACAUCAUCACCGGCGUGAACCCACUGGUCCUUCCUCUGAGCGCGACCCUCUUCAUCCCUCAAGACGACGCCUUGAACCGCAUGCCGACCACCGACCCCUUCAUGUUCCCUUACCACGUGGUCCCUCAGCGCCUCAUCUUCUCCGAGCUCCAGCUCUUCGAGCCCAAGUCUCGCCUUCCCACUCUGCUCCCCGGCAAGUCCAUUCUCAUCACCAACGCCUCCCGCUCCAACUUCUCCCUCGACGGCGCUCCUCUCACCCAGCCCGACCUCUACAUCAGCGCCACCGUGGCUGUCCACGGCGUCGGAGCCAUUCUUGAGUACUCUGUUUACGGUGACGGGCUUAACCUUUUGCCCAAGCCCAAUUCGCAGCAGGGGCAGCAGCAGCCUCUACCGCCGCCUCCGCCGACGCCAUCUCCAGGGUUGUUUUCCCCCGCGGGAGAAAUCGUGGGCGGCGGGUGGAGGUCUGAUGCAGCGCCGCCGUGCCAUUGUGUUGAGUUUCCGGUUGGUUGGUUCUUGGUUGCUUGUGCGGUUUUGGGGUUCAAGAUUCAGAGGAACUACUCGGCUUGGUAGUUGAAGAUCGUCUCUGCUAAUUCUCAUUAUCGGAUGGGGUUCUCAAACAUUUGGCACAUCAUCUUGAUGAGGAUGAUCUUGACUUCUUUAUC